AUGACUUCGCUUGUACAUCAAGCCACUAGCUCGGCACCCGAGAUCGACCGUGUGUUGAAAGAAAGCCAAAGCACGCCGUUCACGACCCGAAUCACCGACUUCCCGAUUAGAACUCAAGUGAAGUUCAAUCUCCCGACAUAUACAGGGAACUCGGACCCAAGCCAAUUCAUGACCGCGUUCAGCAUUCAAAUGGGCCGAGCACGAUUCACCCCCGAGGAAAAAGAUGCAGGCUUCUGCCAACUGUUCGUUGAAAACCUCGGCGGUGCGGCCCUCGUUUGGUUCUCCAAGUUAAAAGUGAACUCGAUUGACAGCUACCAAGCAUUGUCGACCGCAUUCCUCAAGAGGUACAUGAUGUAUAUCCAAGGCGCAGUUUCCAGCGCCGACCUCUACCAGAUCAAACAAGGCGAAAAAGAAUCCCUUCGGUCUUUCAUCAGCAGGUUCAAUGCGAUCGUUUCUCGGAUCACCGUGACUGACGAAGCAUCGCUGCCAGCUCUUCGGAAUGCCCUGCGAAUCGAUUCGAAGUUUCGGGACAGCCUCAAGUUCAGCAAACCCCGAACUCUCGAAGACGAGCUUCACCGUGCCACUUUAUACAUCGAAGACGAAGAAGAAAAAGAGACCGCGUCGCCAGCAAAAGCGACACCGAAGCAGCAACCUAACAAAGAUACCCCCAAACAAGAUUAUCAGGAACCUCGACAACACCUCGACAAUAACUAUCGAGGUGACAAUCGCCGAGGAGCGACGUACAACAUCAUCACUCAACAGCAGCAAAAUUGCCCGUACCAAAACCAAUCAAACACCUGGCAGCGAAGAGAUCGUGGAGAGACACGACCCUUCUGCGACUAUCACAACAAAUAUGGUUACCCGACUGCGAUGUGUCGCGAACUACAGGCCUAUUUGCUCACAAAAUAUCGCAAGGGGGAGAUCGCAUUAGCAAACCAGCCCCAAAACACAACGCCGCGAAACAGCGAGGCUCGACCAACGGCUUCCGCCGAACAGCUUCCACCUCCUCCUCCAACGAACGAUCAAUCCAACGACGACGUCGCGAAGAGAGACCGUGGAAACCAACCUCGAUGUGACACUCCUCCGGCAUCUCGAAAGAAGGUGUUUUUUAUCAUGGGAGGCCUAUCGACGUGCAACGAUUCCGUCAGGUCGAUAAAAAAGUACGGCCGCCAGGUCAUGCUCGCACAAAAAUGGCAAGUUAAAAGCCCCAAGACCGCCGAUAACGAUGUGAUCACUUUCACCGAGGCCAACACGGAAGGGGUUGACAUGCCACAUAACGAUCCGCUUGUGGUCGAGCUGCGGAUCGCGGAUUGUGAAGUAUCUCGAAUACUGGUCGAUACAGGAAGCUCGGUCGACCUGAUCUUCAAAGAAACGCUUGACAAAAUGGAACUGACAUCGGUUAAGCCACUCACGGGAUUCGAUGGAGACACAGUCUACUCGAUCGGAACGAUCAGGCUUCCAGUCUACGCGGCAAAGACGACUCGCCUCGUCAAAUUCGUCGUCGUCGACAAACCCGCCAUCUAUAACGUAAUUUUGGGAACGCCCUGGCUGCAAUCCAUGAAAGCGGUACCAUCGACCUAUCAUCAAUGCCUCAAAUUCCCAACCACCUUCGGGGUAAAAACCAUCCGAGGUUCUCAGGAGAUAUCGAGACUCUGCUUCGCCGCAGAGCACAAGCUCCGAUCCAAAUCCGCGAUUCCAGCCAAGGCGUGUCUUACGAUUCUACCCGUAACUCAAGUCGAUUUGCCAACUCAAGAAAGACCGAAGCAGGAGCUCGUCGUCCAAGUCAACAUCGACGAAAGCGACCCCGAACGAUGCGUAGGGAUAGGAGCCGAUCUAAAGGAGGAGAUCAAGGUUGAGCUCGUACGACUUCUUCGCCGAAAUGCAACGACAUUCGCCUGGUCAGUAAGCGAUAUGCCCGGGAUCGAUCCCUCAAUCACAAGUCAUGAGCUUAACAUCGAUCCUACGUUUAAGCCGAUCAAGCAUAAGCGGAGGAAAUUAGGUCCAGAAAAGGCACAAGCUGUCAAUGAUGAGGUCGAACGUUUGUCAAAGGCUGGAUCGAUCAUCGAGGUCAAAUAUCCAGAAUGGCUGGCAAACUCCGUUGUCGUCAAAAAGAAAAAUGGCAAAUGGUGA